UCUUUCUCUCCGCCUGUCACGAUCACCCCAUUGAACACAAACGGGAGGAGCUCGUAUGGAAAGCUGGAUGAGUUGUGCGGUCAGGCUGAUGAUGAGGGAGUCAGUUUGAACAUCAAGCGAGCUGUCAUCUCUCUCUUGAGUUCAGUCAAGAACCAGGAUGGAGGUAGUGGGUCUGCUAGUGAGUAUGACAUAUUUGGAAUUUGCCCAACUGACUUCAGUAUUUAUCAUCAAGGCUCAAAAUUGAUAAUCAACAAAUCCAAGAACUUGAAAAGAUGUGCUCUACGAGAGAAUUUAAACUUCCCAUUUCCUACAACUCCAUACCAGGCAGUCGAGAGUAGUGUAAGUAUACCCAGAUAAGGUAGGUAUAUUUGUAGAAUUAUUUCAAAUCACGUAAAUCUCAUGCACUGUAUACCAAAGAAAUAUUUAGUAAAUAUUAAAUAGAUCAUCCUAGAUCAUACAAUUUUCAGAAAUUAAAAGUACCCAAGAACCAAAAGAAAAAUAUGCUUAAAAUGAUAAGAUAAAUAAUUAAUAAAUAAAUACUGUGGGUAAACUUUUGUUUAGAUUAUUAUUUUUGUUUCGUUUGGAGGCUUUGAAUCUUCACCUUUACUCGAUUCUCGACUAGGGGUCUCCCAGAUAAUAGAGAAUGGAGUUCUAGUGAGAGCUGAUGGGACAGAAAUAUACAAUUAUAGACCUCUGAUGAAUCCUCAGGCGGGAGCAAUAGUAAAGGUCUUCUACUCCCUCAACCUGGAAAGCUCAAGGCCCGGUACAAUCCCAGCGAAUGUCAAUAGCCCAAAAGGAAUAUUUUACAAUGCUGCUCAUGAUCCUAAUGGCACAAAAAAUCAAGGUACUAUUGCUGCUGCACUACAAAAGGCAGUAGAUGCAAUAGAUCCUGUUGCCACUCCCGAAGCAGCCAAGGAGUUCGGCAAGCUUGUCCAUGUUAUUGAACAAGGCAAAAAAGGUGAUAUCUUGGCAGCUUAUACUGCAGCUCAAGGCAAAACAGCUAAAAACCUCUUCUUGGAUGGUCUUUUAUAUGCUGGGAGUGCUGAAUCUGUUGAGGCUGCAGCAGAGUUGUUUAGCACCAAAAGAAUUCCUGAGGAAUCAGCCCUUCUCUGGUAUCUGGACCUCAACUUUGUCAAACAUGUCUCAAGAGGAUCCCUCACUUCCUUACUGCCUCUGCUCUCUGGUAACACAGUACCAUACCAAGCUUAUUUGGGAAUUGGAUCUGUUGCUGGAAAGUUCUGCCUGCAGCACUCGCAGCUCUGUGAGACCUCACCAGAGUACAGGCAACUUCUGGACAGACUGGCUGCCCCCUUGACUAGAGGUUGCAAGGUCGACUCCCAUGAAAAAGAAAACAAUGUAAGUGGUUUUUGAACAUUCAUAUUUUUAUUUAAUUAUUUAUAUUAAUAAUGAGUAUUGAGCAGUUAUGGCUUCCCAUUCGGCUCCGGGUUAGAAUAGACCACAGUAUACCUGCGGGUCAGCUUAGCCAGCAAUGACCUGGUUGCCCUAUCAGCCGGCAAAACUCCCUUUGGCUGUAGCAGUGCCAGUUAGCAAUUGAAAAAGGGCAA